AAUCUUUUUAUUACCAAUUAUAGAUGCAUGAUCUAAACUGCAUGAUUUAAAUUCACACUUACUUAAAUAAUAAUUAUUGUAAAUAUAAUAUGAAAUUGUUGAAGCCGGAUUGGGUUAAUCACAAUGGAAAAGCCAUUUUUGCAGUUGAUAUUCAUCCUGAUGGAAGGAGAUUUGCAACUGGAGGUCAAGGUGAAGACACCGGCAUGAUUGUGAUAUGGAAUAUGCCACCUGUUGUAAGUGAAAAACACGAAGUUAACGAAAAUGUUCCCAAGAUGUUGUGUCAAAUGGAUGAACAUACAGCCUGUGUUAAUUGUCUUCGAUGGUCAAAUAGUGGAAAGUUUUUAGCAUCUGGUGGUGAUGAUAAAAUAAUCAUGCUUUGGGGAUUAUCUAGAGCAAGUGGUUCUACCGUCUUUGGCACUGGCGGUGUAGUAGUAAACAUUGAGAAUUGGAAAUGUGCUCAUAUACUACGUGGACACUCAGGAGAUAUUCUGGAUAUUGCUUGGUCACCUGAUGAUAGUUACAUUGCAACGGGUAGUGUUGAUAACACUAUUAUUGUUUGGAAUGCACAAAAGUUUCCAGAAAUUGUCCACACCAUUAAGGAACAUCAUGGAUUAGUAAAAGGGGUUACAUUUGAUCCAGUCGGUAAAUAUUUAGCAUCACAAUCAGAUGAUAAAAGCUUAUGUAUUUGGAACACAAGUGAUUGGAAACUUGAAAAGAAGAUCACUGAACCAUUUUUAGAAUCAAGUGGCACUACUCAUGCGUUACGGUUAAACUGGUCGCCCGAUGGCCAUUAUGUAGUUUCUGCUCAUGCUAUGAAUAAUGGCGGGCCUGUGGCGAAGAUUGUUGAAAGAAAUGGCUGGAAAACUCGCAUGGAUUUUGUUGGCCAUAGAAAAGCAAUUACUUGUGUAAGGUUUAAUGACCGAUUAUUCUCUGGUAAAAAUGAAGCAUCAAAACCUCAAUAUGUAUGUUGUGCUGUUGGAAGCCGAGAUAGAUCUCUGUCAGUCUGGAUAACAUCUUUACAACGUCCACUUGUAGUGAUCCAUGAAUUAUUUGAAAAUUCCGUUAUGGACAUAUCUUGGAGUCAAUGUGGUUACUUUCUUAUUGCAUGUUCUUUGGAUGGAACAGUAGCAUACAUGGAUUUCAGCCAGGAAGAAUUGGGGAAAGUAAUGUCACCUGAGGAUAAAUACAUUUAUCAUAAGAAAACUUACGGUACGAGCAUUAAAACUUCGAAAUCUCUCAUUUUAUCAUCUGUCGUGGAGAAUCCUGAAUUUUUGAAACAUCAACAACAACAGCAACACGAAGAGCAUGUAAAGAAAACCGAACUUCUUCAGCAGAAAUUUAUGUCAUCUGCUGCAGCAAUUUCUCCAGGUGGUAAAUUUGCAAGCACUCCUUUCAAAGCAGGAGAUGGCAAGCAUUCUGGUGGGUUGAUAAGUACAAGCAGUAACGACAAAUUUCAAUUUGAUCAAAUACUGAAGAAACAAAAAGAAUGCAAGACUGCUGAUGGAAAGAGACGAAUUGUUCCCAUGAUGCUGGAAGCUCCGCCUGAAUUCGGCGUUCCAUCAGACCAAGCGUGCGGUGCAGACAAUGAAGCUUUAGUUGAUUUUAAUGCAGAGUCAAAUAAAUCCCUAAUCAGCCAGGAACAGAAUAUCUUGUCAACACCAGCGAAACAGCUUAUGUUUAGCUCCCCAUUGAAAGACAAUACCAUUAAGACCCAAGCUACUACUAGUGGAUCUUCCACCACCACCACCACCACAACAACAACAACGGCUAACUUAGCUGUUAAAAGAAAAGCAGAUGUCACCGAUACUCCACCAACGAAAAAACAAAAGAAGAAGAAGAAUAAAGAGGGCGAUAAAAUGUCAAAAAAUGAUCUUUUAAAUACACCACUCAAAACUCAAAAUAAUGCAAAUGUUGGUGAAACUGAACAGCAGAGAAUGAACUCACUCAUCCAGAUUCCAUUUCCUGAACCAGAGCAAAGAUUAUGUUUGCAGGUAAAUUUAUCCUCAUCGAAACAAAGCGAUACAACUGCUAGACUUGAGGUUGAGAAUGAUUUAGAAGCAUCAGGUACUGCGUUCCAUUACUUGCGAUGUGUUGUUGAAGAUAAUUUAUCUUGGGAGACGUGUCUAUCAAACCCGAUAAAUGCAAUUGCAGCUAAUACAUUGAUCGUAUGUGCUUCGUGCAGAAAUAACACAGUGCAUUGCUUCUCAACAAAAGGAAGAAGGUUGCUUCCACCACUUGUAGUCAAUGGACAUGUGUCACAGUUACAAUGUCACGGGCGUCACGUGAUGGUGUUGACGUCAACAGGAAAUAUCAGUGUUUGGGACAUGAAGAAUCUGAAAGCUGUUAUUCGUAGCGAAUCAUUAAUUCCAAUAUUAAAAGAUGCAAAUCAAUCGAUAUCGCAUUCGUUCGUGAACGAGAACGGUUUUCCAGUGGUCACGUUAUCAAAUCAUUCUGUAUACAUGUUUGAUCAAAGUCUGGCUUCAUGGGUGCUGUUAGCAGGCGCUUGUGACAGUCUGCAGUUGUCAGCAGAUCUGGGAUCCUGCUCAACAGGUGCCCAACCUAAAGGACCGCUUCAUUCAGUUCAAGCUCCUCUCAGCAGAAUGUCGAAGCAGAUGAUUCGUGGUCUUCGUUUAAAUCCAACGAAACAACAAACAAACACAUUUUCUUACUUGGAGUCUCAAGUUUGUGCAGCGUUAUCGAUAAACUCACCUGAGGAAUAUCACUUUUGGUUGAUGACAUAUGCACGAUAUAUUGUUCAAUCAAACGAAGAAAGUCGACUUCGUGAACUGUGUGAAGAUUUGUUAGGUCCUGUAAUAUUCACAAAGAAAGCGAGUAGCUGGCAACCUAAAAUACUGUGUUACGACAAGCGAGAUUUGUUAAAGGAUAUGUUACCAAUACUUGCUUCAAAUUUACGUUUUCAACGAUUUUAUUCGGAGUUUCAACAACAACUCGAGACGCUAACAAAACGAUAACCAUGGAUUGUGGCUAUUCGAUGUUGCAAAACUCGUUACCCUGGAGAUAAAUAACAAGAAAGAGCCUCAUUUGGAAAACCUGACAUUUCAUGCGUGACACGUAUUUAAAAUCAAUUAUUUAUACGCACAAGGUUCAUCUCAAAAACUAUAAACGAAAAACUCAUUUUUUUACUGGAAUAUUGAUAUAUGCAAGCUUUAUGUAAUAUUUAUUUUUUGAAAACAUUGCAAACGUCAUGUCCAUCAA